AUGAGUUGUGUGCUGUCGGGCACAGUCAUACGUGAUGUAGGUCCUAGUGAGGAAAAGAGCGAUGAUUUGGUCAAACCUGUUGUGAUAUACCGCAGAUUUUCGGUUGUAGAAGAUGAUGAGUCGCCACUUCCAAAAGUCAAGCGUCGCAGACUUGUACUUGAAUCAAGUGACGAGGAAGAAAAUGCCUCACCCCCCAGUUCCCCUGUCCGCCGCGUGAAAACUACGGACAGCCCUCUGAACUCUCGAACUCUGAACAUCAGCCGGAGCUUUUCAAGGGACUCCCCCAAGACGUCGGCUUCUCUAUGCACCAGCUUUGACGAAGAGACUCCAAAAGGCAAAGGCUAUGACGCCGAGACUUUGUUGUUGGAUAUGAGCGGUCGCAAUGACAGCAUCGCACUUGAUGAGACUAUAGAGGGUGCUUUUGAUGGCAAUUGGCCGCACUUAAGUCUGCCCUUCCUGCAACCUGAUCGCAUCAAGGAUAUUAAUGGACACCGGCCAAAUCAUCCUGACUAUGAUCCCCGGACCCUGUUUGUACCCGACGACUAUAUUAAAGCACAAACCCCCGGAUUGCGCCAAUGGUGGCAGCUAAAGUCACGAAAUGCCGACACGAUAAUAUUCUUCAAGGUUGGCAAGUUCUACGAGCUGUAUCAUCAGGACGCAGUGACUGCUGCUGAGGAGCUUCGAUUGUCCUACAUGAAGGGCAAAUUUGCUCAUACGGGUUUUCCGGAGUCAGCUUUUGAGAAAAUGGCUAACCAACUACUUCAUAAGGGUCUUUCAGAUGUGCCUUCGAUGAUUACACUGCUCAAUAUUGCUUGCGUUUCACUAUCAAAAAUGACAUUUGACGAGCUUGGUCUUCGUAAACGUCAGCUUUGA